AUGUUUUUCACGCACGCCAUUAUUGCAGCUCUAGCUACUAGUGUCCUGGGACAUGGUGUUGUUCAGACCCCAGAGCCCAGAACGACUGGCGCCAAGCAGGAAGAGCUCUGCGGAGCAGCAGUGACCAAAAAGCUCGACAGCGACAUCGCCGGUCCCAUCGAAAACUCCCUUGCGGUGGCGGAUGCCGACUACAAGUGCAACUUGUUCCAAUGCCGUGGCUACCAGUACGAGGAUAAUGAGGACAACGUUCGCGUCGUCAAGGCCGGCGAAGUCAUCCCUUUCCACAUCGACCUUGUUGCUGGACACAGACCAGGACACGCUAACAUCUCCGUGAUCGACCUUGCGAACAACACCAUUAUCGGCGAGCCGCUCAUCUCGUGGUCUGACUGGCCCACCACCGACCCCGACCCGUUGGCCGACACUGACUGGAACAUCACCAUUCCCGAUACCCUUGCCUCCGCUUGCGACGUUGGUGGCAAGUGCGCGAUCCAGUGGUUCUGGUACGCCGAGACGAACAAGCAGACUUACGAGAGCUGCAUCGACUUCUACAUUGGCGCCGCUGAGUGGGGUCCAGGGGCCGUAGAAGACCUCGGUUUCAGCCGGCCCCGCACUCAAGAUGCCGACAGAGCUGCCCGAGCUCAGGUACUCUCCAUCAACAACAACAAGAAGUUCGAGAGACUAUUUCAAGUCGCCUGCAGAAAGUUCCUCGACGAGAACUUGCAUAAGGAUGCUAUGGAGUGGGAGACAGCGGAAGACGUACCAGCUGAUUUAUUCGCAAAGUUCGCCAAAGGAAACUUCCUAAUUCCGGCAUUGCCGGCGCCUUUACCCGUGGAAUGGCUGCACAAGUUGGGUGUGACGCAUAUGCCUGGGGAGGUACCAGUAGAAGAAUGGGACGCAUUGCACACCAUGAUCUACUCAGAUGAGAUGAGUCGUUCUGGGUUAGCUGGACCUCCGGGAUCCUUGACCACUGGCAUGGCAUUCGGUGUUCCUCCUCUGCUGCACUAUGCAAACGCGGAGGUACAGAAUCGGUUUCUCCCUGACCUGCUGCUUGGAAGGAAAAGAACAUGCAUCGCGAUCACUGAACCUGAGAGGCGCCUCAAAGUCGCUGGCCAAAUUGUUGCCGGUACCUCGUAUCUCGAGUUUGACGAUGUCAGGGUGCCACGGGAGAACCUGAUCGGUGAAGAAAACGAGGGCAUGAAGUAUAUCAUGCACAAUUUCAAUCACGAGCUGGUCCGUCAUCGGCUGGCCAAAUGCGGAGCUAUACUCGAGUCGCAGUAUGCUUGGGUUGAAUCCUUUGCAUUCCAACUAUCUAAGAUGCCAAAGAAGACUGCAGACGAGGAGCUUGGUGGAUUGACUGCCUUGUGCAAAGCCAAUGCUGGCAUUGUUCUCGACGAAUGUGCGAGAUGUGCUGUGCUGCUGUUCGGCGGCAACGGCUACACGCGUACGGGCAAGGGAGAGAUUGCCGAAAAAAUCUACCGCGAGGUUCCUGGUGCGAGAAUACCUGGUGGUAGCGAGGAUGUCUUGCUGGACCUGGCUAUUCGGCAAUUGACGAAGCGUUUCCGUGCCGAGACCAAGAAGAAUAAGACAAGGUCCAAGAUCUAG